AGUGUUAUUACCGUUUACCGGACUCACCUGUUUUGGUACUCGCAGCCUCCUGGGUGUACCUGUGGACGACUGGGAAUUUCAUCACUAAUGCUGACCACCGCCCUCUGCUGCGUGACGAGGAGGCUGCUGUGAGUCAGGAGCAAUCAAGGCCAGGUGCAGCAAGACAGUGUUUCCUCAACGAUCCGAAGACGUGCCGCCAUUAUCGGUGCUACACUGCCGCCUGGGAUCACCUGGAGGUUAAGGGCGCGAGGAGCAGUGAGAAGGCCGAGGAGCUGCUGAGUGUGCCCAAGAAGAUGGAAGUGGAGCAGGUCGAGCGAGUCACGACCACCUAUACCAACCUGUCCAAGAGAUUCGCGGUGUGGGGGAAGAAGGACAUGUCUCGCCAGUACUGCCUCAUCUACGCCGCCAGGCUGGAGAAAAUGCGGCCAUUGGUGCAGGCAAAGGCUAGGGAGAGAUGGGGCAAUGAGGUAAAAGUGAAGCGCCUCCACGACGUUGCCGGGGACGGGGAGGCUGAGAAGUGCAUCAUCAUUGGCACACUGUACAAGAAGCAGGAACUGAAGCCAUCCAUCCUGAAGGAGAUAUCUGAAGAGCACCAACUGAUGCCACAGCCAGUUGUCAAGAAUUAUGUUGGUGAAAAUGAUGAGAUUAUCCUUGAAGAUGAGGUGCAGAGGAUCCAGCUGAUUGGCAACAUUGACAUCCCCACACUGGUGACAGGCUUGGUGGUGGCUGUGCUUGGGAAGGCGUCUGAGGGAGGGAAGUUUGAUGUUAAGGAAACCUGUUAUGCUGGACUGCCGGAUGCUGUGCCACGGGAGGGACUCAGUCAGGACAGGUUUGUGCUUCUUGUGUCUGGCCUGGAGCUGAGCAAGGCCACAGAUCACCUGCUUCCCUUGGAGUUGAUGGUGGACCACAUCACUGGCCAUCUGGGGUGUCCUGAGGAGCAGGAAGAGGUCGCCUCCAUUUGCCGGGUCAUUAUAGCAGGGAACUCUGUACACAAUACUAAGGGUGAGAAGGACCAUGGUGACCUGAUGAAGGUGGUGCGGGAGCUGGACGACCUCCUCCUGCAGAUUGCUAGUUCAUGUCCUGUUGACUUGAUGCCGGGAGAGCUGGACCCAACAAACCACCUGCUGCCACAACAACCCCUCCACCCCUGUGUUCUGCCCAAGGCCAGAGGCUGCUCCACCAUGCAGGGCGUGACAAACCCUUACGAGUGUGAGGUGGGCGGCAGAGUGUUGGUGGGAACCUCAGGACAGAACGUGGAGAAUGUGAGUCGGUGCUCCACCCUGCAGGACCCUGUGGAGGUGAUGGAGAAGCUGUGUGAGUGGGGACACCUUGCUCCCACUGCCCCAGACAGCCUCUCCACUUACCCUUACUACAAGGAGGACCCCUUCAUCAUGACACAAUGCCCUGAUAUCUUCUUUGUUGGUAAUCAAGAAGCCUUCGCCUCCAAGGUUGUGGAAGUGUCUGGUCACAAGGUGCUGCUGGUGAGUGUGCCAAAGUUCAACACCACCGGCACUUGUGUCCUGGUGAACCUGAGGACCCUGGAGUGCCAGCCGAUGGAGUUCUCAUUUGGCCUUCCUUCCCCGGCAGAAGAGAAAACACCAGAGGCAGAGGGGGAGGGGGAGAAGUAGGAAGGUCAGGUGCUUCAGUAGUUUAGUGACGUUUUUUUUUUUUUUUUUUUUUUUUGUCAUUGUCGCUGUUUUUCGUUGAUAUCAUUAGGCAUUUUUCUCUGUCAUUGUUCUUGUCAUGUUUCCUCUAAUGUUUAAAUAUACCAAGAUCAUAUCAUCAUUAUUACCAUCAUCAUUGUUAUUAUCAUAGCUUGUCAUGAGAUUUCCUGAGGUUCACUAUUUUUACAUUAUCACCAUUCAUAAUCAUCACAUUUUCUGCUGUAUGAAUUUUCAACUUCUAGCAUUGUUUCUUCUUGGUCCUCCACAUUUCUCACCUUUCAUGUUUCAGUGCAGGAGAGUUCCCGCCUCUUAGCACCACUUCUGAUAUUUUCUUGUGUAUUGCAGGGAUUCACCGUAGGAAUGAGAGAAUAAUGUCUUGGUAGUGUAAAACCUUGGCAAUACCCUUGAGCCAUAUACUCGUAGUUGCAAAUAUGAAACCUUACUUUGUCUCAGAACCAUAUCAGUAAGAAUUUAGUUUUUAUACUUCUCUGAUUUAAUUUUGAAUGUUACUCAGUUUAACGUCACAACAGUCACAUAAGUAAAGUGCCUUAAGAAUUACAUAAUGUCCCACAGUUUUAAAUUGACUUGUAAUUGCAAGACUAAAGUUUUAUCUUGGUUAAGUGUACAGAUAGUGAAGGCAGUCACUAUAUACUAAGCUGGAUUGUUGUAGAUGAUGGAGAGUUAUGUGAAGGGAGAGUUCAUUCCAUUACCCAAAACUAAUGAGUGUGUGGGAGAAUUAUGUGAAGGGAAAGUUCAUUCCAUUAUCCAGAACUAAUGAGGGUGUGAAGAAGUGAGAUUCAGUCUUAACCCUUUCACUGCUAAACAUUGUCAUAUAAUACCUUACAAAUUUCUAGCCACUAAUUUUUAUACAUACUUUAUCCGAGAAAAUACAAAAUUAAUCUCUUAUUCUCCCUAUUGUAUCUCUCUGUGCAGACUAUAUUUUUAUGCUCUUCUGAAUGUUACCAAAAGAUGGCCAUGGCAGUAAAAGGGUUAAAGGUGUGGCGUGAGUGCAGGUCCUUAGACUUAAGGAAGACUGAAGGAGACACAUGCAGUUGGUCUAGUAUAGUAAGACCCUUAUUUGUGAAUUAUGAAUGAGAGUUUCAGAUAUUAAAGACUUUGAAAUAUGAAGUGAAUGAAUAAAAAAUAAUUUUCAA